GCGGUCAUCUCAGCGUAAAUAAAAUGGAAAACGACAAGGGAGAACUCGUUGAUCUUUACGUACCACGCAAGUGCCAUGCUACAGGUCGUUUGAUUACACCAAAGGAUCACACUUCCGUACAACUCUCAGUCGCUCAAGUUGACGCUAACGGCAAGAUGACCGAUGGUAGAGAGUUCAUCGCUCUCUCAGGUGAUGUUAGAGCUAUGGGUGAAGCUGAUGACUCAAUCAACAGACUCGCUACUGAAAGAGGUCUCCUUCGUAACGUUUUCACUUACGCCAAGUAAGAAGGUUUUUUUGUAGCUCCUCGAAUAUAAACAAACUUUCUUAAAAAACAAUAAUUUUUGACAGAAAAAGUAACAUAAAUUCAAAUG